AUGAGAGCGCUCAGUGUUGUCCUUGCUAUGGUGCUCUGUCUGUGCACAGGAGCUCUAAGUGUGCAGGUUAAUGUUGAAGAACAAAGCUUCCCGUUGGAGUCAGUGAAGGACCUAGUGGAGCUGUUGGAUUUAGACGAUGGUGACACUGAGCUCCCCCAGGAAAACGUUGAAGAGGCUUGUAAGGACCCUCUACUGCCAAAGGUCUUUCAGCGGGUGUGCAGAGAGGAGGGAACAUACGAUGUCUUCUCAGAACUAGUGAAAAUCAUCAGCAGUGCCGAUUCUUGUGAAAGAUGUAGCAACCCUGCCUGCACUGGAUGUAAGAAUUGA